AUGGCGGACGCGACCGCCCGAGGAGCUACAACGUAUUGCUCCACUCGCUGCUGCCUCGCCACGUCGGAUGGCCGUCGAGGCGCCUGCCAGCCGUCAGCGUCAGCCGCAUCACAGCGCCUGUCGUCAUGUCAACGUGGCUCUUGCGUUGCCUCCGAGUCCCCGCGCCAGGAGCCCGAGGGGAGGCAGCCCGCGCGGAGGCAGCCCGAGGGGAGGCAGCCCGAGGGGAGGCAGCCCGAGGGGAGGCAGCCCGAGGGGAGGCAGCCCGAGGGGAGGCAGCCCGAGGGGAGGCAGCCCGAGGGGAGGCAGCCCGAGGGGAGGCAGCCCGAGGGGAGGCAGCCCGAGGGGAGGCAGCCCGAGGGGAGGCAGCCCGAGGGGAGGCAGCCCGAGGGGAGGCAGCCCGAGGGGAGGCAGCCCGAGGGGAGGCAGCCCGAGGGGAGGCAGCCCGAGGGGAGGCAGCCCGAGGGGAGGCAGCCCGAGGGGAGGCAGCCCGAGGGGAGGCAGCCCGAGGGGAGGCAGCCCGAGGGGAGGCAGCCCGAGGGGAGGCAGCCCGAGGGGAGGCGGGCCGAGGGGAGGCGGGCCGAGGGGAGGUGGGCCGAGGGGAGGCAGCCCGAGGGGAGGCAGCCCGAGGGGAGGCGGGCCGAGGGGAGGCGGGCCGAGGGGAGGCAGCCCGAGGGGAGGCGGGCUGCAGCGGGUGGCGAAGGAACGCCGCAUGUGGGCGAGGGCGCUGAGCGGGCGAGGCAGGAGCGCGAGCUGGUGCUGCUGGUGGCCACCGCCGAGUCCAACAUGCAGCUCGUCCUCGCCGAGAUCGCCUCGCGCUCCCGCCUCGCUGCCGAGGGAGUGCCGGCUACCAUGAGCAGCUCUCUGUUGCGGAUGCUCGCCGCCCAUCGUGCCACUGUUGAUGCCACGCUUGCUGCUGCCACGCUUGCUGCUGCCACAACUGCUGCUGCCACAACUGCUGUUGCCGCAACUGCUGCUGCCACAACUGCUGCUGCCACAACUGCUGCUGCCACAACUGCUGCUGCCACAACUGAUGCUGCCACAACUGAUGCUGCCACAAUUGCUGCUGCCACAACUGCUGCAGCCACACUUGCGGCUUCGUGCGGCUGCCACACCUGUUGCUGUUGGUGUAAGGGCCUAAUAAACUCAAGCUAUUAG